UAAUGAAGCUAGGGUCUGACAGGAAACCACAAUUCCCAGGAUGCACUUGGAAUUACCGUGGCCACUAGACGGGGGAAGGGAAGCUGAGAUUGGAGGGAGAAACAGUCAGAAACUGAGAUACUGUGUACAUAUGACAACCCUUCUUCAGGACUUUGGCCAUAAGAGAACUCUAUUCAUGACCUAUGUCUCAUCUUACAUCUGCAGUUCUUACUUUGGACGUGAACUGCUGUCAUGACCGGCUGAAGACAGAACAGCGUUUGUGCAAGUAAAUCAAACCUGACUGAACUGGAUUCGUCUUGAGUACUCAAAUAAUGGUUUGUCUUGUACAAGGAGAGCCCAGUCCUGAAAAACAAUGUCCUCAUCCGUCUUCUGUGCAUCUCUGAUGGGGCUGAGGAGUGAACUCAACAGCCCAGCAGUUCUGUGGAGGAGAGGAAGGAGGCAGCUUUCCAGGAAACUUGCGUGUUGAUGGACAGCCGUUUCCUUGUGUCAGGUCCUGUAGACUGACACCUGCAUAUUUCUGUCAGUGUACAGGCUUGAGGUUUGACUUUUGAGCAGCUACAAGACUGGUCUGCCGUCAAAUUCGACGUAUCAUCACUUUUACAAAGAAAAAGAGAAUAUGGUGUGUACAACUAGCGCCAGUGACAGUUUUGCAAGAUCCUGCUGGUGACUGUGGACGUUGAUUUCUCUGUUUAUAUGAGGGGGAAAGGAGAGGAGCAAGGAUACAUGCAGACACUACAAAUGUGCACUACAGACACCAUGGUGGUCUUUGCAUCAGCUCCUCAGCCCAUCUUAGUCUGUGUCUACAGAAGCCUUUAGAGGCAAGGAUCAGGAACACACUCUCCAGCCAACACACUCAUAUGCAAUGGAAGAAGACAUUGAUGUCACAGCCCACACUGAGGGCCUGAAUGGUUUGUCCCAUGAAUGUAAACCAUUAGAGGAAAUCACCAAUGGACACUCCAACCAUAAGCCUGUCAUGAAUGGACUGAUACUGAGUCAUAACGUCAAAGACCACACCAAUGGCAGUGCACCACUCAGAUCCCUACCGAUUUCAGCACUGAAGCAGAAUGGUCUCCUGCAGACCCUGGCAGCCGGAGGGGACCAGCCUAAGCCUGAAGAAGAAGAAGAUGAUGAUUUGGAAAAGGCUAGACAGGAGUGGGAGGCUUUGGAGAACGUUCAACCAGCUCUGACCGAGGAAUCAAGCCCGACCCCGCUCAUCUCCUUCAAUGAAGCCCUGCAGUACUUUCAGACCACAGACCUCGGGGACUUGCUGAAAAACAUCCAGCCAACCAUACGCAGGACGGGCCUCGCCGCGAUCACACAUUUUCUGUUUGGACCUCCUCGGCUGCAUAGGGAGCUCCUGGAAGAGAGGGAUCUGGUCUUUGCCAUCGCACAGUGCCAUGUGGACAACGGCCAAACAGUCCACAUGCGUGUCCUGCAGACCAUCUAUAAGAGGCUGAUUGGGAGCAGGCUGGACUGUCCUCGCUUUGGGGCGCACUGGGAAAACAUCGGCUUUCAGGGUACAGAUCCAGCCACUGACCUACGUGGCACUGGUUUCCUGGGACUGAUGCACACUCUCUACUUUGUGAUGGACCCAGAGACUCUACCGCUGGCUAGAGACAUCUACAAGUUAUCACAACACCCUACACAGAACUUUCCAUUCAGUGUGAUGUCAAUCAACAUGACCCGCAUCGCUCUGCAAGUACUCAGAGAGGAAGCCUUGUCCAAGGAGUGCAAUCGUCGUCAGCAAGUUGUUGGUGUGCUGAAUGAGUUCUUCGUCGCCACUUAUCUGCACCUGUACCAACUGUGGAGGACCCAACAGAAGACCAUUGUUGACUCUGGCUUUGUGCUUAAAGAAGUGGAGCUGUUUGCCAAAAAGAACCCCAAGCAGAUGCUGCGCCGACUAGAGCUCUUCCUGAAAGAGAAACGGGCAGGUGGAAUCCCCCGUGGGACAUCGCCAGACCCACAGGCCCAGCAGUCCUCUCCCAGCCUGGGGGAGCGAGGGGCCAGAGCCGGGACGGGAAGCAAGGGAAAGGAGAUGCACUUCACAGGAGUGUGUGAUCUGCCGCCAGACAUGGAGGGAGAGGCCAGACUCAUCUAAGCUAGACUCUGCGUGUGUGUGUGUGUGUGUGUGUGUGUGUGUGUGUGUGUGUGUGUGUGUGUGCGUGUGCGCGUGCGCGUGUGCGUGUAUGUGUGUGUAUGUGCGCGAGCAAUCCCUUUUGUGACUAUAUCUAUUACAGUAUGUGCGAGUGGCUUACUCUCAGAGAGCUAGAACCCCACCAGACCCUGACCCAGGACCUGCUGUCUGAACCCAUUCGAACACUUCCACUCCUCCUCUGAUGCUGGAGUGCUGCACUUUGAUCAGAUUAAGCUAAGGGGUCUCUCAGAGCUAUAUUUGAUUUUUUUUUUUAUUAUAGAUUUUUUUUUGAAACAGUAAUCAUAGAGCGGUCAAACAUAAAGAGGCAAUACAGGUCAGAAACACAAGAUGUCACAAAAACAGAAGGAAAGUGAAUGUUAGCACUUUUCUGUGGAGUCAGUAGCCAAAUUAAUAGCUGCCAAAUUCUUGUGGUCAACUCUACCUGCCUAGAAGUCCAAAACAUACACACUCAUGACUCUAGGAUCUUUUUGUCAGGGUAUGUUAGCAUUGCAGAGGUGGAUGCAUCAGCUUUUUAACAGGCUGUGUGUCCUGCCACGCUCCCAUGAUAAAACUCUUUCACAUGAGCUCGCUCAUGGCUCAUGUUGCAAGCGAAGGGCUGCCUUGUCAGAUAUGUUCUCUUAAGUUCAUGAGGAUGAGAGAGAGACAUGAACCAGGUUCAAGAUGCACAGAAGCAGGUUAUCUCACAGCAUGAGUGAAAAGCAGCAGAUAGAUACACCUGAGUGGGUACAGAUUAAUAUUUAAAGUGGGGAGCAAGAAGUGCUCAUAGAGGCUGUUCUAAUAGUUGAUGCAGCUUUCUUUGAAAGUUUGAUCAUUAAGCAAUUUCUGGUUGAAAGAAAUAGAUGAAUAUACAUCGUGAAAGAUGAAUGGACGUUUAGUCUGGAUGUGUAAAGGUGUAGCCGAUUGUUGGUGUACUCAAGGUGUUUGUUGUCAGAGGUCUAAUAGACUAGCUCCAGAGCUCCCACUUGAUACGGGGAGAUAUAUUUUAAAUAAUUUAAAAAUAAAAAUCUUAUUUUUUUUCUGAAGGGGACAGCUGUAAUAAAUAUACAGUUAUGUGCAAAAGCACUUCAGAAAAUAGUUGUUAAAGCUGAUAGAUGGAUGGAUUAUUUCAAGAAUGUCUGAAAACCUUCUGACUUCUUACCUUUUGUUGCGGUCAGCGCUGAAGAGACGCGUCAUAACAGCGUGUGUGCGUUUGGUUUGGUCACGGCUAAAAUCAAGGUCUGGUAUGAGCUUUCUCUACAUUCCGUUAUAAAGCAUGUGAUUGUAAUUUUUUUUGACCAGUUCAAAGUUUAUUCCUGUGUGUUAGUGUGUAUGUAUGUGAGCAUGUAUGUUGGAGUGUGUGUGUGAGUGAGCUGAUAUUGAUGAAGGGUGCCUCUCCUCGGAGAAGUAUGGUACAGUAUGCAAUCCCAGCUCUUACUCAUUGAUAAUCAAAACGAUAGUGCUGUGUGACGAUAGACAUCGUUCCUAACUUCAGGGUUUGUGCGCUUGUGCGAGCAAAUGUGUUUGUGCUUGUGUGCGUGUGUGUGUGUGUGCGUGCGCGGUGUAUGUGCGCGUGCGUGCGUGGUGUAUGUGCGCGUGCGUGUGCGGUGUAUGUGCGCGUGCAUGCGUGGUGUAUGUGCGCGUGUUGUAUGACAGGAACUGACUACAGAUGGGGUGCUUUCCUCUGCACACAAUAAGCCAGCUUUACUAAGUACUUGAUCCAUCAAGCUGCACAGUUGGUACUUCAGUCAUUUUAAAAAUGGUACAUAACAUUUCUGAAGAAUUAUCCUGAAGGAACACAUUCUUUGGUUUGCUUUUUAAAAAAAACAAAACACACAGCUGGUUUCAGAAUGGGUAGAGCUCCUCAGCAAAGCUGGUUCCUGCUCUGUGCUAAUGUGAAACCGUUUCCCAUCGUCGUAGUCUCAAUCUGUAGCAUGUUCAGGUAGCACUAGUACUGUAGCAUCUUAUAGCCUCCUCCUCCUCUUUGUAAAGCUUGUUGAUGUCAUGUCUCAGUUACAGUCUGUAGUGUCGAUGAGUGCGCAAACUGUUACUACUAUAGCACAUUUAUUUCGUAUUUGCAUUAAGUCUCCUUCAGUGGACACACAUUAAGGUGGUGCGGCGUAUGUUUUGGAGAGAUGUGAGAUAAACUUGGACAUGUUGAGCUCAGUUUGUCUUCUAAGAAGGUAACAUUGAAAAUGGUGCCUACAUCCAGUGGAGCCAUGUUGGUUGGUCCUCGCUUCCUUGCUUUUUCUUUCAUUUGAGCCACUGUGCCACAUUAGACCUCCUCCAUUCAUGUAACGCAGUACAGAGAGUUGAUGUGACCCCUCAUACAUGCAGACCUCAUGGUUAUAUACAUAGAAUACCCGGGCAUGUACAUUUUCUAUGUCAGCAUCUACUCUAAUCGUUGUACUUCGCCAACUCCUUCCUCCACCAUACGACUUCAAAAAUGAGCUGAUGUAGUUUAGCUUAUCAAUUGCGAGUGUCUUGAUUGAACAGAAAUAUUUGCACUGUUGUAGAUAUUUGAUAGUGUGUGUGACGUAUGCAAGAGGAAGCAGGCCAUCUUCAAUAGCCAUAACUAUGCUCAUUAACCCCUGCCUCAUUAAAUAGGCUUCAUUAAAUCCCCUUAGUCCCACCGAAAAAAAAAUUGCACCACGGAUAUGAUCUCACGUUUAGUUUUAUGAAAUUGUAAACUGAGGAGCAGUACAGUGUAUGUAAAUCAGGAAGUUUGUAUAUAGAGAAUUAAUGAUUGUAACUGUAUGAUUGUCUGUAGGGCAUUAUACUGAAACACAUUGCUUACCUCAAGACUUGAGACAAAUCUCUUCUUUUUCUCCUCUCAGUUGGACUCUUUUACGUUUCCUUCUACCUAGGCCUUCUUUCAUACAAAUUAGACAUGUUAUAUAAUGUAUACUCAACACCUAAAGCACUGCGUAAUAGCAAACUAACACAGAAAGCUGGUCAAUGUUAAGCGUAUUCUAUUUAAAGACACAUUUACAGAGAGUAUAUAGGCCCGCGCGCUCUGAUGCACAUCUGCAGAUAUCAAACCUCCGUUUUAAGAUGAUCUUUAAUUGGCUGAUGUUUGAAUUAAGCCUGUUUUCUUGUGGCUUCAGUGAUAGUACAGUAUAUUUUUGCUGUUUUUAAGUGUUCGGUGUCCAGGAAAACACUCAGAAACAAUCCGAUCUUUACAGCUAUAGUCACAAACAAACAGCUUGAUAUUUGAUUGUAAAGAUAUCGGCUUGAUUAGCAGUCAUAAUGCGGUGUAUGCUUUGACCCUCGACCCCCAGUUUAUAUUCAGUAUCUAAAAAAAAAGGCCUGAUUUAUCCUCUCUUAUUACCAAAAGUUAUAUUUUCUGCAGUUGUGCUAGAUCAUAUUCUUAUGCGUUGAUCAUCAUUUAGAAAUCUCCUCAGUUGUGAAACCAGAACCAAGAGAAAAAAAACACAAACACGGGUUCUUGCAGGAUGUCGGAUGCUCUGAGAGGUGCGGUGUGUGAAGUUCUGCUUCCUACAGCAGCAGCAGCUCGGCAAAUACAAUCACUUCUCCCAAGAUCCUGCGCUUUAUAUGAAGGUGUUUUACUGUUGCCGUCAUCGUCAUGUCCCUCAGAGCAUUUUAUGACUGUACCUUGAUUGUAGAAGCCCUAUUUUAUACUGAGAGUAAUUUCAGAAUACAGUAUGUGCUGUUGUACAUUUAAUGUAUUGUAUGGAGAAAGCUAAAUAAAUGCUGUUUAAAAACUAA